AGAGAACAUAUCAACAAUGCUUAUCAAUCAUUUUUUCAAAUCCAAUGAAUGCUUCAGUUACGAAGUCCUUCGAGCCGCUGGCUACGCCAAUUACGGUGGGGCAGAUCUCGGAGAAGUAAUCUCUAUCACUUCCAAAAUCCGGGCCGGCGACGAAGAUGACUGGCUACGAGAAUGGAAAAGCGCAGCAGACCGAGCAUUUGCAAAUGCAAAGAAUUCAGCAUUAGUGGGGAACAAAAUGAGUGCCUACGAGGGGUACCUCCGCGCAUCCAAUUACUACCGCACCGCUGAGUUCUUUCGCCGAGACGACUUCAAUAAUGACAAGAUCGCGCAUAUCAUUUAUGAAAGGUCAGAAACCGCAUUUGCACAGGCUAUGGAGCUUUCUACUUUCAAAUACCAGUCGAUCAGUAUUCCUUACGAAGACAUGACACUACCGGGGUAUUUUGUCAGUCCUGAUGCUACAGGAACACCACGACGAACCAUCAUCUUCAAUGGUGGAUAUGAUUCCACCAUGAGUGAGGGGUGGUUUGCUAUUGGUGCUGCAGCGUUAUCAAGGGGCUAUAACUUUCUAGCAUUUGAUGGACCAGGACAGGGUGCCACGAUCAGGUCGCACCGCCUGUUCUUCCGUCCUGACUGGGAGAAAGUUCUCACGCCGGUCGUUGACUAUACGUUGACGCGGAAAGAAGUUGACCCCAACGCCAUCACCAUCUUCGGGUGGAGUAUGGGUGGCUACCUCGUAUCUCGAGCAGCCACCGAGGAGCAUCGGAUACAGGCUAUCAUCCUAGAUGAUGGGGUGUACGACUUCGGAUCCGCCUUUCGAGUCAAUCAACCGUGGUUUGUGCAAAAGCUGGUGGAUCUCAAAUAUGAUUCGGUUUGCAAUUUCUUCUUUCGUUGCGCGCAGUCCCUGUCCACGGGUAUCCGGUGGGGUUUACGGAAUGGCAAAUGGACUUUUGGUGUGACAUCCGAAGCAGAGAUGAUACGCACACUCAAGGAUUAUACUUUAGAGGGGAUCUGUCAAAAGAUUACGACCCCGUGCCUGAUACUUGAUGCGGAAAAUGAUCACUUUCUCAAAGGGCAGCCAGACCUACUUCGCAGGCAUCUUUCUUGUGAGCAUGAAUUUGUCAGCCUGCGACAAGAUGAAGGCGGUGAUACACAUUGUCAUCAAGGAACCUUCUUUAGGGUGCAUCAGGUUGUCUUCGAUUUCCUAGAAAAGCGCCUGGGAUCUUGAUGGAGCCUCUCUAUCCAGGUUUAUUUAAGGGGACUCAUGAAUAGAUGCACUUUUAUGUUAUUGCUAGAACACAGCAAGCAUGAAACUGCUAUUUUUAAUAAUAAUUCGUCAUCUAUUAUUUUACUAUAACACAUAGGUCAAUUUGAAACAUUUCGGUAU